AUGCAAAAUAAUCACCAGGGACCACCUAUGCCUCCUAAUUCUUCAUCUAAUGGUCCUACUCCACAACAGAUGCCUGGCAAGGUUUAUCCUAUGAACCAGCCAAUGGUUUUUAAUCCAUCCAACCCUAACGCACCACCAAUUUAUCCAUGUGGAGUUUGUCAUAAAGAAGUACAUGAUAAUGAACAAGCUAUAUUAUGUGAAAGUGGAUGUAACUUUUGGUUUCAUAGGACUUGUUCACGACUUACAGAACCAGCUUAUCUCAUGUUAACCCAAGAAGUGUAUGCAGAAUGGGUGUGUGACAAAUGUGUAUCAACAAAAAACAUACCACCCAUUAAAACUAAAUCAUAG